AUGUGGAAUUAUUUCAAAAUAGUUGUUAUUAAUAAUGUUAAACAAGAUAUGCUAAACACAAUCGGUCCUGUGAAAGUGAUUCUGCUGAUUCAAACACAAUUAUUUAAUCAAACACAAGUUACUGAAUAUUAUUCUUCGUCUAAAUCUCAUGGCAUAUCGAAAAAGUUCAAGGAGAAAGUUAAACUCGCCUGUACAGAGUUCGUUGCCUUAGAUUCACGUGCAUUUGAAUUAGUUUCUGGUGAUGGUUUCUUUAAAAUGGCUCAAUCUGUUUUCGAUGCUGGUAAAUACUUUAAUGCUUCAUCAAAUAUCGACGUGAAAGAACUUAUACCAUCACCAAUUACGAUUAGUCGUAAUAUCGACAAUUUAUAUGAAAUUAAAAAUAAUCAAUUAAAAAAUAUAUGUACGAGCUUAAAAAGCUUUUGUAUCAUUUGUGAUUUUUGGACCGAGCAGUACACAGGACUUUCGUAUUGUGGUUUAGCAUUGCGCUUUAUAACAACAGAUUAUAAAUUACACAAUUUUAUUCUUGGUUGUAUAUUAUACGAUGUGGAAACACAGUCUGCUACUAAUAUACGCAUGUUUAUUGAUGCUCAAUUAUUGUCGUAUGGCCUGUCUUUAAAGAAUAAAAUUUUUGUUGUAUCAGAUAAUGAAAAUAAAAUGCGAGCAGCAUUUAAAGAAAAAUGUAUCCGAAUAGGUUGUUCUAUACAUUAUCUUAACAAACAAUUGGAGCAUUCAUUCACAUCUAGUGAAAUUGAUAAAAAACCUGUUCGAUGUGAUAAAAUUCAAGAUCUAUUCGAAAACGUAAAAAAAAUUGUAACUCAUGUUCGUCGAUCACAUCGACAAGUAAAACUUAAACAGAAAUUACAACUGUAUUCGGACACUCGUUUUAAUGGCGCAUUCUAUAUGUUAAACGUAUUUCUCAAUGUGUAUGAUGAUUUAAAUGGUGUUUUGAACAGUGUUCAUAUGGAUUAUUUAUCUAAUGUUGAUAAAGAAUUAUUGGAAGAAAUAUGCGGCUUUUUGAAAACAUUUGAUGAAGCUAUUAAUCAAUUAAGUGAAGAAGAACGGCCGACCAUUUACAAGGUUCUACCGAUUCGUCAAGCAUUACUUAAUCACUGUCAAGUUACGCAUGAAAAUAGCUCCGAAUUAAAGGAACUGAAGUCUUUUCUUGUCGACCGUAUUAAAAUGGUCUGGGUACUACAAGAUCAGCAUUUCAUGAGUACGUUAUUGCAUCCAUCUUUAAAGCACUUUCAUAUAGCACCGAACAAACAAAAGAAAGCAUUUGAUUUGGUCAAACAAGAAUUGUUAGAACGUGCAUGGAUAUCAGAUGGUGCUACUGAUACUGCUUCGAAAGCAAUAACUACUGCUAUAUCGAAUAAACGUCGUACAACACCAACAGUUAAUUCUAAUGACUUAUUAACUCGCUGUUUCGAUAAACCACAACCGAAACCUAUAUCAACUCCAACACCAGUAACGGAAUUGGAUAAUUAUAUGGCAUUAGACGAAAUAAUUGACGAAACUGAAGACGUUCUUUUAUUUUGGAAACGUCAUGCACAAUCAUUUCCUACAUUAUCUAUAAUCGUACGCGAUCUUUUUUCAAUUUCCAGCUUCAAACACCAUCGUUGA